UCUCUCUCCUCUCUCCUCUCUCUAUAUGCACCAGCGACCAUGGCCGCGCCGGCUGCCCUGAUGCCACCAGCCCCGCUCCCGCAGCCUCCCAGCUCGGCUCCUGCCUCCAGCUCGUCCUCCUCCUCCUCCUCCUCCUCGUCCUCCUCCUCCUCGUCCCCGGCCAUCUCUUGCAUCUCGUCGUCCUCGGCGGUGCCGGGAGGAGCAGCGGGAGGAGCAGCAGCAGCGGUCGGUGUCGGUGCCGCCAGACCGGGACCUGGACCGGGACCGGGACCGGGACCGAGCCUGUACCGGGCUGACGGCAGCUCCAAGCCCGUCUACUCCACGCCGUCCCCGGUGGAGAACACGCCGCAGAACAACGAGUGCAAGAUGGUCGAGCUGAGGGGCGCCAAGGUGGCGUCGUUCACCGUGGACGGGCACGAGCUGAUCUGCCUGCCCCAGGCUUUCGACCUGUUCCUCAAGCACCUGGUCGGGGGUCUGCACACCGUCUACACCAAGCUCAAGAGGCUGGAUAUAACGCCCGUGGUCUGCAACGUGGAGCAGGUCCGCAUCCUGAGGGGGCUCGGCGCCAUCCAGCCCGGGGUCAACCGGUGCAAACUCAUAUCCAGGAAGGACUUCGAGACCCUGUACAACGACUGCACCAACGCCAGCUCCAGACCAGGAAGACCUCCCAAACGAUCCCAGAGUGUUACAUCCCCGGAGAAUUCCCACAUUAUGCCACACAGUGUCCCUGGCUUAAUGUCCCCGGGAAUCAUUCCUCCUACAGGACUCACAGCAGCAGCGGCAGCAGCGGCAGCAGCGGCUACUAAUGCGGCCAUAGCAGAAGCCAUGAAGGCGAAAAAGAUCAAACUGGAGGCCAUGAACAGCUUCCAUGGCAACAGUAACCAGCACAAUGCAGAGUCGGAAAACGGUGACCUGAAUUCCAGCAUUGGGCUCGAGCUUCCUUUCAUGAUGAUGCCCCAUCCACUUAUCCCUGUCAGCCUACCUCCAGCGUCGGUCACCAUGGCAAUGAGUCAGAUGAACCAUCUUAGUACAAUUGCUAAUAUGGCAGCUGCAGCUCAAGUACAGAAUCCUCCCUCCAGAAUGGAAACUUCAGUUAUCAAGGAACGGGUUCCUGACAGCCCUUCACCUGCACCCUCCCUGGAAGAUGGACGAAGGCCAGGGAGCCAUCCUUCUUCCCACCGGAGCAGCAGUGUGUCGAGUUCCCCAGCUCGGACUGAGAGCUCAUCUGAUAGAAUGCCUGUCCAUCAGAAUGGAUUGUCGAUUAACCAAGCCUUGCUUGGCUUGUCUCCGACUAUCUUGCCUGGCCCCAAGGAAGGAGAUCUGGCCAGUCAUGAUGCAGGACAUGAAACUAAAAGGAUGCAUAUUGAAAAAGAUGAUAUUCCAAUCUCAACUCCGACUGCAAGAGACAGCUUUGAGAAGCUAUCCCUGGCAGGACAGCAGUUACCGCCAGGUUUCCCAACUCCUCUCCUCUUCCCUGAUGGACUUUCCUCCAUAGAAACUCUUCUGACAAAUAUUCAGGGGCUGCUGAAGGUUGCCAUUGACAAUGCCAGAGCCCAGGAGAAGCAGGUGCAACUCGAGAAGACAGAGUUAAAGUUGGAAUUAUUCAGGGAGCGGGAGCUGAGGGAAAGCUUGGAGAAGCAGUUGGCUGUGGAGCAAAAAAACAGAGCAAUAAUUCAGAAACGGUUAAAGAAGGAGAAGAAGGCAAAAAGGAAAUUGCAGGAAGCACUUGAAUUUGAGACCAAGCGGCGAGAACAAGCAGAGCAGACAUUGAAACAGGCUGCCUCUACGGACAACCUCCGGGUGCUGAACGAUUCUGUGACCCAAGAGGUGGAAGCUGACCGUAGUGCUGGACGAACAGAUGCUGAAAGGACAAUACAAGAUGGAAGACUGUACCUGAAAACUUCGGUCAUGUACUGAACCAAGUGUUCAGAAAGAAACCACGUGAUGCAAAAAGACACUUAGGACGAAAAAAAAAGUUUAAAAGAUUUUUUAAAAAAGGGCCUCCUGGAACAAGGAGACAACUCUGUUUUUGAAGUAGCUUCUCCCAGUCUGCAUAUCUAUGUUACUUUGUCAUCCAUGAAAUGUUUAAUGUAUUACUACAGCAUUCCUCUCCAGCAACUGAUUUCUACAGCAGAACUCUCUCAAGCAGGCACUGCUGCUGAAUAUGAAGUAACACAACCGGUGUCACAAGUUACCACUGCAUUCAGGCACUCAUUGCUGAUGGGCAUGUUGGAUUCCGAGACUCAGACUUAGACUCUGUACUUCGUUUCCUGGAAGAAAGUGUGACCAUUUGUGACAGUCCUGUCCUGAGCACCUCGUGCAAAAAAAUAAUCAGCAGUUAGUGAAAUGAAGAAGUGAACAAACCCAUUUUUUAAAGAAAAAUAAACACAAUGUUUUUCACUUUGACGCUAUUGCCCUACUCAAACCAGCAAGGAAGCUCUGGAUUUUUCUUUCCUGAUUUUGAUGGAAUUUACUAUAGAUUUGGAUAUGUUGGCAAAUCAAGUAACGUCACACUAAUGUGAUGAUAAAUGGAAGGAGAGAGCUUCUUCAACAGGAGGAGGAGAGAGUGAGAGCUGAAUUGAGUAUUCUGGCAAGGCACACAGAAGCUAAACACAGCAUUACAAUAUUUCUCAGUUUUAGGAUACAGAAUUUAAAUAAAAUGGAAAAAAAAGUGAAUGUAAGUUGUUUCAAAAGUCACAACAAGUAUAAAAACUCAUGUGCUCCACACAGGCAGAGAUUUGUGAAUAAUGUUUGCUUCUUUUAGCCAAGCUGCUGGUCAUGUGUAUAUAAUAUGACACAGGGAGAUAAUGUGUAUGCAGUAGAUUACUAGAAGAAAAAAAUACAGUACUUUCAAAAUUUAGAUGCUGUUAUGUUUUGUCAUUCUGUUUGUUCCGGAAGCCGCAUUUUUAGUUUUAAAGCUCAUUAACUAAGCAUGCAGGCAUGUAAAUAUUUGUUCUCAAGUCACAGUAUUACUGAACAGGAUCCUUGGUGUCUGUCGUGCAACACCGCAGAUUCAGCAUGACAGGUCGGAAGUCCUCUCUGCCUGCCACACGUGAGGAGAGCUUGUCUCUGCUCUCUGAUACAGAACUGAUGAUAUUAAUUAAGAUUUGUGGCAGUGCAGUCAGGCGGAUCAAAACGCUACAAUUUUUUUUAAUUAUUAUUUUCACGUCACCUUGAGGUGUCGCUGUUUAAAAAUAGGAUCUUUACAAAACUUGAUGUAACAGUUGAGAAAACGAACCUAGCUGAGUGGUGAGUUGAAGUCUGUAUUCUCCCUGUGUAAUAGGGAAGGAUGGUUAUGUGUAAUUAUCACUGUCUUUGAUAAACUGUGGUGUUCACCUUUGUACAAAUAAUUGGAAGUAAAUUCCAACACAGUGCUAAUUGGGUAGUGUAGCCUUUUCUGUUAGUUUUGCCUUUGUUCACUGCCAUGGUAACCCUUAAAAGACUGUCCUUGUGAAGGUAGCUGCUGCCAUGGGCAGAACAAGUCCAACCCCAGUUGUACCUUGUCAUAUUCAUAGUAUUUGUGAAUUUAAGAUAACUCAACCCAUUGGAUCAGAUGAGCUGCUGCGUGUCACAAAGCCCUCGGGAUUCUUUCAACUUCAUAGCUAUGUUGGCUCCUCUUAACGGAGGGUCUUGGAUUGAACUGGGCAAUCCAGGUGGAUCCUAAUGGAAUUCUUUGUAAGUCAUUUCUAAAACCAUGGGAACAGAAGAACUGUUGGACUCAAAUUGCCAGGGAACAGGUCACAAAUCUAGGAUUAAACAUCUGAUGUGCACCAGUGAAGGAAAAAUAAACGCUAGAUGUUAUUGUAAAUUUGAUGAGCCAGACUGAGUUUAGCAAUCUGUUUUAUAUGUUUACGAAUACAUAUGUCUGUACAUUUGAAAUGAGCUAAGGCCAGUUUAAAAUGGCCCCGAUCCAGGGAUGUACAUUUGAUAAACAUUGGGUGUCUCACAUUGCAAUCUGGACAGUAACCUGAAGAGGUUCUCAUGAAUCAGCGGGACUUCUGCUCCACAAUUAGAAUGUGCUGGAGUGGAGUUCCUACGGAUUAGUGUGGCUCACUACAGGCUACUGGAAACAGUUGCUAGUUGUGACUCAGAGUUGUAUUUGUCACUGCUGUUACAGAUAUUGGCUUCUAGAUCCCAGGUUAACAUGUAACUCGAUAUGAAGAUCAAUGACUGGGUGGUGACGUUUUUAGCAAAUGUCUGAAAACCAAAAAGACCCAGAUGUAGGAGGGUGGGUUGUAACUGUGUGAGAAACAAAGGCAGUGGUUGGAUCACCAAGUGUUGCCACCUCUCCACUGAUGCAUGCUCCCACCCAGACAUGUCAGGCAGGAUAGGAUAUCUCAAAACUGGCAAUAGGGAGACAAAGGGAGCAGCUUGGUUUUGUCAUUGCUGUGAUGGUCUUGAAAGGGUUACUGUCUAUAUUGAUGUGCGUUUGGGUAAGAAAAAACUUCUCCAUGUGAUCCUUCUGUUUUCAGAGAAGAAACAUUUAAACAGUCUCACCGAGCAUUUGUUGUUCCUCUGCUCCUUGCAUAGAGUCUUUGUUUUAAUGCAGGUCACAACUCGGACAACUAAUAAAAAGGACAAUUUCUUCUCCCCAAAAGGUUAGCACAACAAAUGCCGUGACAAGCAUUUCAAGGAUUAACAACAAUACCGUUUAGACAAUUAAUAUAACCUUAUCUUGCCAAAAUAAAUGGGGCCCAUACUAUUGGUUAAUACAAGAAGUGCCGGGGCUAGCACUUCGACACUUAUUACAACGCCGCCUGUCAUCUUUUGUUGAUCUCUGAAAUGCCAAAUACUUUACAUUUUGAAACAGAGGUGAAAAGGGUAAACGACAAUAGGAAUCGACCAGACCUCUUAAAGUGUCUCGAACGAAAGAAUGCUGCAGAAUACUGUUGCAGGUUUUUAAGCAAAAGUCAUAGGAAGUUGUAUUGUAGGUUGUUACCCCAGUUCUGAUGUUUAUUACGUUCUCUGUUCAUAGACUCUCAGUACAAUACAUUUUCACAUUAUUGUUUAUAUGCUUUUCAUAUUGAACAUAUUAAUGUUUCGGUAUUCUGUAUUAUAACCACAUUUGCGCUCUAUGCAAGCCCUUGGAACACAACACACAUCUUCAACUAGGACAUACGAAAAUUGUCUAUUUUUAUCUAUAUAUUUAAAGUUUUCUAAAAAAAAAGGUUAUUACGAAUUUUGUUGUACAAAAUCUGUACAAAAAAUCUGUUUUUACAUCAUAAUGCAAGAAACUGAGAUUUUUCUAUAGUAGCUUAGUUAUUUGAGCCUGGUUUAAAUGUGAGAACCACGUUUACUGUAUUGUAUUUAAUUUUCUUUCUUUUCAACAAUCUGCUAAUAAAAUUGUCUGA